UUUCUGAAAAAUAUUGAUUUAGUGCUAAAGAGUGGAUAUAAAUGAAGAGGUUUCUUUAUCUUCUUUUUAUUUUGUUAUUGACUUUAGCUCAGUUAGAUAAAAGAGACACGUUCUGUUGCUUGAAUGGGAGGCCUUUAAUGGGGAUGGGAGCCCCCAGGGAGCCGAAAUCGUUGCUGCUUUCGGGAUUUCUUGCCAUUUCUUCAGUCAUUCUGCCUCCCUUUCUAGUGGGCCUAGGGUGUGGGAACUGUCCAAGGUUCUAGGAUGCUGGCAGCUUUGCCGUUCAAUGCGGGCGGAUUGCAGAAGCAGAGGAGACAGAUUACUGCUUAUUGCAGAAGAACAUGACCAAAUGAGGUACCUUAGCCAGAUUGGUGAUUGCUUCGGGUCUUGUAAUCAUCUGUGUAGCAAAGUGGGUAAAAUCAUUCAAUUUCUUCCCUGCUGGACCUGGAAGGAGAGGGGCUGUGCGCUCAUCCCCACCCAUUAGCUAUGCCCUCUUUUCUCCGAAUGUCGAUUUAAGGAAGCAAGCAGCUGUCUUCUGCCACUGCAUCUUCUUAGCAAACUUUAAAGGGCAUUUAAUCUGAUAGAUAGAAAGAAUACCGAAAAUGCUCUGGUCUCUAGUGAUGAAGAAUCUUGGAUUCGACACUUUCCCCAUCCAGAUAUAAUGUACUUUAAUUGAAGAAAAGCUGAACUGACCUACAAGUCUGUUUCUUAUGGUGCUGGAUCACUCCUACCGAACUGCCCCGAGACCAGCCCUGAGAGAGGGCUCUGACAGACCCAAGUCACCUCCUGACUAUUGCACUUAGCUUUCCCCGGGGACUUAAUUUUUGGAAGCAUCCCGUUUCCAUGAUACACUCCAAGAUGAUGAGUGCUAAUCCUGAAGAAGACCCUUUGGACACUUUUCUCCAGUAUAUUGAGGACAUGGGGAUGAAGGCAUAUGAUGGUCUGGUUAUUCAAAAUGCGUCUGACAUUGCCCGUGAGAAUGACCGCUUGAGAAAUGAAACCAAUCUGGCUUACCUGAAAGAGAAGAAUGAGAAACGGCGAAGACAGGAAGAAACAAUCAAACGCAUAGGGGGAGAAGUAGGGAGAGGCCAGGACACCAGCUACGCGGGCAAGCACUUCCGCAUGGGGUUCAUGACGAUGCCUGCUCCUCAGGACAGACUCCCGCAUCCCUGUUCCAGUGGAUUCACUGUGAGAUCUCAGUCCCUGCACUCUGUUGGGGGUACCGAGGAUGACAGCAGCUGUGGAUCCCGGAGACAACCACCACCCAAGCCCAAGCGAGAUCCCAGCACCAAGCUUAGCACCUCAUCCGAGACAGUCAACAGCACUGCAGCCAGUAAAAGCGGGAGAACUUUGGAGAGGGCAGAAGUGUCUGCCAAGCCAAGACCCCACAGUGAUGAAUAUUCAAAGAAAAUCCCCCCUCCAAAACCAAAACGGAACCCUAACACACAGCUUAGCACAUCAUUCGAUGAAACCUACAUCAAAAAGCAUGUGCCGAGGAGGACCUCGCUGCCACGAGAUUCAUCCCUGUCUCAGGUCUGCAGUCCCGCAGCAGACCCCGAAGAAGAGGAGCCUGUGUACAUCGAGAUGGUGGGUAACAUUCUCAGAGACUUCAGGAAGGAAGAAGAUGACCAGAGCGAGGCUGUAUAUGAGGAGAUGAAAUACCCCAUUUUCGACGACUUGGGGCAUGAUUCCAAAUGUGACUUUGAUCAUCACAGUUGUUCUUCGCAGUGUGCUACUCCCACAGUGCCUGACCUGGACUUCAUCAAGUCUUCAGGACCAUGUACUCCUAAGGGUCUGCUUUGUGAGAUACCCCCACCCUUCCCUAACUUGCUUUCCCAUAGACCACCCCUGCUGGUGUUCCCACCAGCCCCGGUACACUGCUCCCCCAAUUCUGAUGAGUCUCCGCUGACUCCCCUGGAGGUCACAAAGCUUCCUGUGUUGGAAAAUGUGUCUUACAUGAAACAGCCACCCGGAGCAUGUCCAUCCUCCCUGCCAUCGCACACCUCCAGCCACGCUAAAGACCAGACUGGAGCACUGGGUCCUGUGCCUGCAACAUCUGUGCUCUCCUCAUCUCCUCCACCUCCAUCCACUUUGUACAGAACACAGUCUCCUCAUGGCUAUCCUAAAAGUCAUUCCACAUCACCUUCCCCUGUCAGCAUGGGGCGGUCCCUGACGCCCUUGAGUCUCAAGAGACCUCCCCCGUAUGAUGCUGUGCAUUCGGGCAGCCUCUCAAGAAGUUCAUCCUCAGUGCCUCACUCGACCCCCAGACCCAUGUCCCAAGAUGGGGCCAAGAUGAUCAAUGCCGCAGUGAACACCUACAGCGCUGCGCAGAGUGGCUCCAGGUCCCGGACACCCACCAGUCCUUUGGAGGAGCUCACCAGCCUUUUUACCUCAGGACGGAGCCUGCUGAGGAAAUCAUCCAGUGGCCGAAGGUCCAAAGAGCCUGCAGAGAAAUCCACCGAGGAGCUGAAAGUCCGAAGCCACAGCACGGAGCCAUUACCAAAGCUGGACAGCAAAGAGAGAGGUCAUCAUGGAGCAGCUUCUUCCAGGGAGCCAAGGAAAGCUCAAGAAUGGGACGGAACACCGGGUCCACCUGUGGUCACCAGCAGAAUGGGCAGGUGCUCCGUGAGCCCCACCUUGUUGGCUGGAAAUCACAGUUCCGAACCUAAAGUGAGCUGCAAGCUAGGCCGGUCUGCAUCUACAUCAGGAGUUCCUCCUCCUUCAGUUGCUCCUCUCAGACAAGCCAGUGAUCUACAACAGAGCCAGGUGGCAUGCAUGCAGUGGUUUCAUGGAGACCAUACAAUGCUUGAGAUGAUUGAGAAAAAGCGUUGCUUGUGCAAAGAAAUAAAGGCUAGACAGAAAACGGAAAAGGGCCUUUGCAAACAGGAUAGCAUGCCAAUCCUACCCAGCUGGAAGAAGAACGCAGGAACAAAGAAGUACAGCCCUCCACCCUAUUCUAAACAGCAAACGGUAUUCUGGGAUACUGCCAUAUGAGCCUGUACUGGUGUGAGCUCCACAUUGCUUAAUACAAGGGAGGUUGACUUGGUCUUGUGAUAAUUGUUACAUAUAUUCUUUGUUGAUGUGGGAUUCCACAAGAAUCUAUGGGUACUGUGGCAAGCCCAAGAUAAAAUGUUUUUGUCUUUGCAAUUAAGGUACAUUCUCUUAUUGUGGAUUAUUUUGAAUCCAGAACAUACUAAAUUGUAAAUAUUUUGCUAGUGUAUGGGUGACACCUGAAAUAAUGUUCAUUAUACAUAUUUGAGUUGGAGAAAUACCAGAAAAGUUUACUAGAUGAUAUAAUUUGGUAUUAACUGGUUUGUUAUCUCUUUUAUAUGUAACCCCUGGAUGCCUUUUCUUAUUUAUUUUGCAUUGAGAAUAUCUUUGUCCUCCUGCCCACAUUUGGCUUCUGUAGGAGAUCUCACAAGUGUAAGUCCUAUUUAAGCACAUAAAAUGUAAUCUGGUGCUAGCGAUACAGAAGUUGAAUAUUGUAUUUGUAAGAAUUGUCUGCUGCUGUCUAUGUUUGUAGGGGAUUGAUGGAAAGUGAGUUAAAAUAUGACACUCAUCUGCAUGCCCAUGUUACCCUGACACUGACCGUCUUUGCUACAGUGACUUCCUAAGGAUUUCUUUCACAUCCUGAUGUUUGCACUUAGUAUUAGUUAGUCAGACUACACAGAAAGGUAGUAGGAUAUAUUGGGACACUCCAACAGAAAACUUUCUUUCAGAAAUGACUUUUAGGGACAUGUGUCCUUGCAGCAUUGAGUUGAUUGGAGGAGACCAGGGUUCACUGUGACAUUGGAAGGAACGAAGAAUCAAAACCAUAAAAUGAUGGCUAUUUUCAAGAAAGUGGAAACAGA